AUGUCAUUGCAUAGCUAUCUAUCAAAAACUUAUGGAUCAACAGUAUCCAGAAAGAAGAAGAAUAAUAAGGAGAGAGAGACUUCAAAAGGCACUUCUUUACAGAUAACUGAGAACAAUACGGAAGUACAACAGAUAUCAAAUCCUACAACAAACCCUCCCGCUAAAGGUUUGUGGAAGGAUGUACGAACAAAUGAGGUAUUCUCACUACCUAAGGUAGAGGGGGACAAUACUGUGUCUACAGAUGAGGAGAAGAGUGUAUUCAAACCGAAGGGUAAUGAAACUGUACACAGAGAUGAGAAGGGUCAUAAAUUAACCUCUGAACAACUUAAAUCUAAGGAAAAGGAGCAGGAUCUGAGGGUGCAAAUAAAAAAAAGGUAUCUACAGAGGUUGAAUGCUGGCGAGUUACAGUUAUAUUUGAAGGAAAACAAUACUACUCUGGAAUCCUUACUCCGAUCUAGGGGCAAUCCGUAUAUAUCAAGUGAGGAUCCUCAAGAGUCUUUCAAUACAAAGUCCAAGCCGGAAAACAAUUUGUCCCUCCUGAAUAGGAAACUUUACAAUGGUAUAUCGCCGGAAAAUAGAUUUGAUAUAAAACCAGGUUAUAGAUGGGAUGGUGUAGAUAGAUCUAACGGUUUCGAAGAAAAAUGGUUUCGAAAGAGAAAUGAGAUUGAAGAAAAGAAAAUUCAAAAAGCGACUUCACAGAAUGAUUACUAG